GGGCGGGGCCGAGGCCCAAAAUGAGGGCUAGGGCACAGAGGAGACAGCGUGUUGAUCUUCAACCAUCAAUGGAUUGGAGAAGGGAAAAGCUCAAUCAGGAUCGCUAAAACGUGAUCCGUCGCGCUAAUUGCAGUUGAUUGUCGCGCCACAAACGACAACGUCGGAGCCUCCUCAAUCACCAAACCGACGAGGGGUUGGAAUUCCUCUCGGUGUUUCAUCUGCCUUUGGAGCUUCCCCCAUUGAUUGAGAGCUCAAUAAUGGUAACGCUUGACAGCUCCGCCACAGUUUGGAUCCGCCAUAUUCUUGCUUGUAUGGGGGGUUGUUUUGGAUGCUACUCUAAACCUACACCGAUUAUUGCCGUGGAUGAACCAGCUAAGGGAUUGAGAAUUCAAGGCCAAGCUGUGAAGCAACCAAGCUUUUCUGAUGGCUUUUGGAGCAGCAGCACUUUCGAUUUGGAUAACAGCACUCUCCAAUCUCAAAGAAGUUACUCGUCUAUAAGUACUUCCGCCCUAAACCUUGGGAGUACCAUAGGCAGCAUGACCAGUGAACCAGAAUUCGUCAAUCACGGCCUUAAUCUCUGGAAUGAGAGCAGGCUCCAGUGGAUUGGAAGUGGAAGAUCAAGAAGUCAAGUUAAACAAAAGCGUGCACGAGCAUUGAGUUGGAAUUCCACUUACGAGAGCGUGCUAACGCGGAAAACCCCAUUCCCUCGACCUGUGCCUCUCUCUGAAAUGAUCGAGUUUUUGGUGGAAGCAUGGGACCAGGAUGGAAUGUAUGACUAAGAAAGUGAAUUGCCCAAAAAAGUUUCAUCUGGAUAUCACGACUUGUGGAUUCUACUUUGUGUGGCUAUAUAUCUCAAAGGUGCAAUUAUGUCUAACUAAAAAGCUCCAAAAAAGGGACGCAAAGAAAAGAGAAUUAUGCUUGUUUUCGAUCUCUACAAUUUGAUCGCCUUUUUGGUUUCUAUGCACUGUAUUUUGUUUCGAUGAUUGCACCAGUUGAUUGUGUGAGAAUGUGAUUAUCGAGCUUUGUAUUUGUGUAGUUGCCACUGUUCAUCCUCAUCUUUUUACCCCCUCUUCCAAUGUACAGGAAUACUGAAAUGUUCAGAAUUGUUGCGUUAUGUAUAUGAAGUUUCACUGUUUUCAAA